ACUAUCACGCCGUAAUAGAAAAAAUGGGUGGUGGUGCUCAAUUCCCUGUACCAAAAGAUGUCUGGACACCAGCUGGUGGCUGGUGGACCAACCCACGUAACUGGAAGGCAAAUACCGCCGUCGUCUUUACCGCUAUCGGUUUCCUUACAUACGGAGUAUGGAACUACUCUGCAAGUAAAGAGAACAGAACUAGAGAGCCUUCGAGGUGGAUUCCAUCAAUGAUCUGGGCUAGAGAAUUCAAAGAGGGUAAAUUGGGUAUCAGAAAGGAAGAAUAUACGCCUGCUCAACAUCACUAAUCACAGUUAUUUGAUUUGAUGCAUUUUUCUUAAUUACAGU